GUGAAGAAUCUGUGUAGAUUGACCAAAGAGCUAUGAAGAGCUGGCUGGUCGACAUUGUACAAAUUCUUCUGCAGAUCUGCUACACUUCCCAAAGUGUUAGGAAUGGCUGCGGACAACCACCGAGAAGAAACAAUGAAGAACUGGCAUUCCCAUCCAGGAAACAUUCCUACUCGCAUGGGGAUGAAGUCGUUUACAACUGCCAACCCGGAUAUAUAAAACUUGGGCAAAUUCGAUUUCAGUGUAACCAGGGAGAAUGGGAACAAACCAUGCCACAUGUGGAGUGCAGAAAUAAGCCUUGUGGACAGCCAGGAGAUACCCCGUUUGGCUCUUUUGAGCUUUUCAGUGGAGAUGAAUUUGUCUUUGGGGCCCGUGUUGUCUAUCGGUGUGAUGAAGGAUAUGAGAUGAUUGGAAAAACCAAUUACCGUGAAUGUCAGGUAGAUGGAUGGAGCAAUGAUGUCCCUCGGUGUGAAAUAAGGAGAUGUCCCCCAGUAAAAGCACCAGAACAUGGAAGGCUCAUUAUGGCUGGAAAACAAAAGGAAGACCCUGAGUUUGUAUAUGGUCAGGUGGUGCUAUUUGAAUGCCUUGGGAGCUUCAAAAUCCUGGGAUCUGAACAUAUCACUUGCACAGCCGAAGGAGAAUGGAGUGCAUCUGUACCAACAUGCUCAGCAAUGUAUUGUGAAGCUCCCAUUCUGGAGAACGGGCAUCUUCAACCAAGAAAGGACCAAUAUCUGAAUGCAGAAAGAGUGGAUUUUUUAUGUCGCCCUGGUUUUGGAAUAGUUGGGCCUCCUUUUGCCCUAUGCUUCCAUGCUGCAUGGUCUUCCCCACCUCCGAUGUGUAAAGCAAUGCAUUGUGGAGCUCCCAUUUUGGAGAAUGGACAUAUUCGACCAAGAAAGGACAAAUAUCGGAAUGCAGAAAGUGUGCAUUUUGUAUGUCACCCUGGUUUCAUAAAAGUUGGGCCUCAUUUUGCCCGGUGCUACAACUCUGCAUGGUCUUCACCACCUCCAAUCUGUAAAGCAAUGUAUUGUGAAGCUCCCAUUCUGGAGAACGGGCAUCUUCAACCAAGAAAGGACCAAUAUCAGAAUGCAGAAAGAGUGAAUUUUUAUGUCGCCCUGGUUUCGGAAUAG